AUGACAAAGCCUUCAGGUGGCUGCGGUGGUGGUGGAAAAGGAGGACUACCAUAUUCUGCUGAGUAUUGGGCAGGUUCUGGCGGCGGUGGAGCUACGAUAUUAUAUUAUGAAACCCAAAAGCUAGCCUCUCGCAUCAUGGUAAGUGGUGGUGGAGGUGGUGGCUUGUAUAGUGGAUGCGCUUCCCAUCCUGGCUAUGCUGGUGGCCUUAUUGCAGGAAAUGGCGGGUCUUUUCAAUCUAAUUUAGUUUCUAAAGGUGGUUCUCAGAAUUUUGGUACUGAAAAUGGAGUGGGCCAAGAUGGCAGAAAUUCAAUCGGAAAAUCUUGUGGCGCAGAAGGGAACCCAGGAUGUGGUGGCGGCUAUAGAGGCGGUACCACUACAACAGUAACAGGAGAAGACAGUGACGUCUCUGGAAGCGGCGGUAGUUCUUAUGUAUCAGGUCAUCCAGGAUGCUUAUUGAAUUCUCUGGCUUCUUUUUUUGAUGCAAACUGUGGACGUAAGUACGUUUCUGGAGAUCCAGGCUGCCAAACAAAUCUCUUAGCAUCAUUUUAUGACACGAAAAUAUUAAGCGGAAAUAAAUAUUUUGAUCUUCCAAACGGAACUAAUUCCUUAGGAAAUCCAAGUCAUGGCCAUCUACAAAUUACUAAAUCCAAAGCCUUCAUGUCAUAA